UUCAUCAACACCUGUCUGCAGUCUCUUGUCGUAGAGAAAUUUGGUGAGGAGACCUGGGAAAAAUUGAAAGCUUCUGCAGAAGUACAAGAUACCUUCAUGACGUAUACAGUGUAUGAUGAUAUCAUCACCAUUAAGCUUAUUCAAGAGGCCUGCAAGGUUCUAGAUGUCUCCAUGGAAGCCAUUCUGAAACUCUUUGGAGAAUAUUUCUUUAAAUUCUGUAAGAUGUCUGGCUAUGACAGGAUGCUACGGACUCUGGGAGGGGAUCUUGUGGAGUUUAUUGAAAACCUGGAUGCCCUCCACAGUUACCUCGCACUGUCUUAUCAGGAGAUGAAUGCACCCUCAUUUCGCGUGGAGAAAGGAGCAGACGGAAACCUGCUUCUCCAUUACUACUCUGAUAGACAUGGUCUGUGUCACAUUGUACCAGGUAUCAUUGAGGCUGUGGCCAAGGACUUCUUUGCCAUUGAUGUGACCAUGGAUAUCAUUGGCAUGAAUGAAGAAGAGGAGAGGACAGGGAAGAAGGAGCAUGUUGUGUUCCGUGUUGUUCAGAAGAUCCACAGACAGACAAGAAGGGCAAAGUCAAACAGGCCACAGGAAGGCCAAGACAUCCAGCGAGACCAAGAGGCCCUUGAGGCAGCUUUUCUAAGAAUGAAGGAGAAAUAUUUGAGCAUCUCUCCUUGUCCUGUGAAUAAAUCCCGCUGGAAUAUUGUGCAAAGCAUAGUCAUGUUUGGAAAAGGGCAUUUCACCAAUACCUUUGAGACAGUUUAUCCGGAGAGACUCUGGAUUGAAGUGAAAACCUUCUGCAAUGCCUUUCCCUUCCACAUUGUAUUUGAUGAAUCGCUACAGGUCAAGCAAGCUGGAGUGAAUAUUCAGAAGUUUGUUCCAGGACUCCAAACCCAGAAGAUUCGAUUAGAUGAAUAUUUCUCCAUUGUUCAUCCCCAAGUGACCUUCAGCAUUCUCAGCAUCUGCAAAUUUAUCAACAGUCAAUUUGUCCUGAAAACACGAAGAGAAAUGAUGCCUGAAGCAUGGAAAAUGAAACCCACGCUCAAACUCCGAGGUCAGAUGAUCUGGAUGGAGUCCACGCGGUGCAUGGUAUACAUGUGCUCGCCGAAGCUCCGCAGCCUGCAGGAGAUGGAGGAGCAUGAGAUGCACCUUUCUGACAUUGCACCCCAUGAUACCACCAGAGACCUCAUCCUCCUGAACCAGCAGCGGCUGGCUGAAAUAGAGCUGUCCAAUCAGCUGGAGAGGAAGAAGGAGGAGCUGAGGGUCCUUUCCAAGCACCUGGCCAUAGAGAAGAAGAAAACAGAGACCUUGCUUUAUGCCAUGCUGCCUGAACACGUGGCCAACCAACUGAAGGAGGGCAAGAGGGUGGCUGCAGGAGAAUUUAAAACCUGCACAAUUCUUUUCAGCGAUGUGGUGACCUUCACUAACAUCUGUGCUGCUUGUGAACCUAUUCAGAUAGUGAACAUGCUGAAUUCCAUGUACUCCAAGUUCGACAGGCUAACUAGUGUCCACGAUGUCUACAAAGUGGAAACAAUCGGAGAUGCCUAUAUGGUGGUAGGGGGAGUGCCAGUCCCUGCUGAAAGUCACGCUCAAAGAGUGGCUAAUUUUGCUCUGGGGAUGAGAAUUUCUGCAAGAGAGGUGAUGAAUCCUGUUACUGGAGGACCCAUCCAGAUCAGAGUGGGGAUCCACACUGGGCCUGUCUUAGCUGGCGUCGUGGGGGACAAAAUGCCACGCUACUGCUUGUUUGGUGAUACUGUGAACACAGCUUCUAGAAUGGAGAGUCAUGGCCUUCCCAACAAAGUGCACCUCAGCCCAACUGCUUACAGAGCCCUGGAAAAUCAAGGAUUUGAAAUAAUUGAGAGGGGUGAAAUCGAAGUGAAGGGUAAAGGGAAAAUGACCACAUACUUCUUGAUCCAGAAUUUGAAGGCCACGGAGAAUGAGAUCAUGGGGAGGCCUAGAAACCCUCCAGAUCACAAGGAAGCAAGUGCUCAGGAACCUCAAGACAAUACAACCAUUGCUGUAAUGAGGUAUGCGGACAGUCAGCUGUCAUUCCCCAGCAGUGAGGCCCACGAGUGUGGGAAGCAGGGGAUCAUCACCUUUUCCCCUGUGAGUACCAAACUCCCUAACAAAGUAUCUCAGUGCCAGAGAACCCCACAGCAGCACCCCAACGGGCAGAGGGCCCCUUCCCUGAACCUCUUUAAGAAGGGGGCCUCAUAA